UAAGGCUGAUUAGCCGCGUAACAAUGACAAGAUUUUUAGCUAAACAUAGUCAAUCUUGAUCAACAACAAUCCGUACACCGCACCAAAUCGAUUGCUCGCUCGAACCCCUCUUCUCGAAGUUCAACAAUCUUUCAUUUCUGCCUUCUCCAAGAACACAGCCAUGGCGCCGACCCCUAAAUCUCAUCUGGGUGUAGUCUUUUUCACCUUCAUCGCCUUCUUGGCUUCGAUUCCUGAGCUUGCUGUGGCCGGAUCGGAUGCUCCCACUGUCUAUGAUAUUCUCCCCCAAUAUGGGCUUCCGAGUGGCCUCUUACCUGACUCUGUCGUCGAUUACUCCCUCUCUUCCGAUGGUCAAUUUGUUGUUCAUUUGGCCAAACCCUGUUAUAUCAACUUCGAUUACUUGGUUUAUUACGACAAGACCAUUACUGGGAAGCUUAAAUACGGCUCCAUCAUUGAUCUCGACGGUAUCGAGGUUCGGAAAUUCUUGAUGUGGCUCGAUGUGAAGGAAAUCAGAGUCGAUUUGCCGCCUUCUGAUAACAUCUACUUCCAAGUUGGAUUUAUCAAUAAGAAGCUCGACAUCGAUCAGUUUAAGACCGUUCAUUCAUGCCGGGACGAUGGUUUGGGCUAUUGUCUUGACUCCUGGAAACGGAUUCUUGAGCUCCCAACUCCAGUUGACGACGUCCCGAUGCUAGUCACCGAGUAGCCUCUUUGCCCCUUGUCCGAGUUUUUGGCCUUCUUGCUGCAUUAUCUAAAUGAUCAGAAGAAGAAGUUUAGUAGUUUUCGGUAUGUGGUCUCAGUUUAGACGGCAAAAUAUGAAUGUCUAUCUUGGUAGACCUAUGAUGUAAGCCACUAUGAUGGUAUGUUAAAUAUUAGGUGAGUCUUGUGUUUGAUCCUCAGAAAAAGUGCCUAAAACAUUGGCAUUUGAGGAACUAUAAACUGAAUGGAUAUGAAUGAGAUGUGUAUUAAAUAGUAUGAAUUUGCUCACGUUUUAUACUA